ACGUCACUUCCGCUUCCGGAUCAAGCUAUUCCCGUCGAGGAGCUACUCGGACGAAAUUAAGUUUCUUCUCGUUUUUCUCCUAAAAGCUUUGUCUGAAACUUACAACUACAAACAACUGAUUCGAUGUAGUAUUACUUUAGCGCUACCUUGUUAUCACUCUUACAACAACAUAAGCACAUAGGCUAACCUCCCCACCAUCCAAAUAGAUUUUUGCUUUCCACCAGGCUAGCCUACAUAACUUUUUUUUUUUCGCGCCGAGCCCUACUCGGCUUUAGUUUCACCUCACCUCAUAGUCAAUUUUGCAACACUACACCAACUAUCUCGCAAAAAUAACCUUUUCUGCUGCAUCCGCAGACCUAAUUAUGGCCAACUCUACCUGCGCCUGCAGUGAUCUAGCUAAUGCUAAUGAAAGACUAGCCAAAGCCAACAUGACGAUUGAAACACUUAGACGUGACAUUCGCCGGCUACAAUGCGAGGUGGUCAUAAAAUCCCAUAACACCACGUUGAAACACCAAACCAGUAAUACUAGCGCCAACCUAACUACACUAUCUUUUUUCCCCAGCCACAGCAAACACCAGCCGAAGUCCCCCCCGAAUCCACCGUGCUCCACUCCCGCGCGUCGUAGCUGGACGGAGGUGCCCAAGCCUCUACCACAAAGAGUGCGACCCAGAAGCCGCCGGACCCUCGCUACCCCCAGGCAAAUCACCCGAGAGCAGCCUGCCCAUUCAGAACCCCGGCGAACAUCAACAGUCCUCAUAGGAUCUUCGAUGGUUCGCCACGUAACCCUACGAAACGCCCAGACGUGGUGCCUACCUGGAGCUCUCGUAGCCGAUGUCCAGUCGAAUGUGCCGGACGCGCUGUCACAGUAUCCUACUGCCACAACUCUCAUCGUCCACGCAGGCUCCAAUGACAUCCGGCUGCAGCAGUCUAAAAAACUUGAGUCCGAUUUCCUCUCCCUUAUUAAUACCCUUAGCAGCACUGGAAAAAAAUACGCUAUCUCAGGCCCCAUCCCCUCUGUUUGUUUCUCUGCCUUCCAGUUCUCCCGAAUCCGCCAACUGCACGUCUGGCUGAUGAGACACUGCCGCCAAGAAGCCAUUCCCUACGUUGACAACUUCUCCGCUUUCUGGAACCGCCGUGACCUCUUCGCACGAGAUGGAAGGCACUUAAACAGAUCUGGCGCUCGUCUCCUCGCGACCAACCUAGCGCUGACCCUCGAAGCCCACCGGUCCUUGGAUUGA